AUGUUCCGCAAUAACUACGACAACGACUCCGUCACCUUCUCGCCGCAGGGCCGUAUCUUCCAGGUUGAAUAUGCCCAAGAAGCUGUCAAGCAAGGUUCUGUUGUCGUUGGCAUCGUCAGCAAGACCCAUGCCGUCCUCGCCGCAGUCAAGAGAAACGCCGAAGAACUCUCAUCCUACCAAAAGAAGAUCAUUCCCGUCGACUCACACUACGGCCUCGCCCUCGCCGGUCUCGCCUCCGACGCCCGCGUACUCAGCAACUUCAUGAAACAGCAAUCCCUCUCGUCGCGCCUGACCUACGGUCGUCCCAUCCUGCUCUCAGAAAUCACCUCUCGCGUUGCCGACCGCGCCCAGACAAACACUCAGCAAUACGGUCGUCGUCCCUACGGUGUUGGUUUGUUGGUAGCCGGUGUUGAUGCAAAGGGUCCCCACCUUUUCGAGUUCCAACCAUCAGGCAUCACCCAGGAGAUGGUCGCUUGUGGAAUCGGUGCCAGAUCACAAAUGGCAAGAACCUAUCUCGAGCGCAACCUUGAUCACUUCGAGGGUAGCAGCCGUGAAGAGCUGAUCAAGCAUGCUCUGCGCGCCUUGAAUGAAUCUCUCCCCCAGGACAAGGAGCUCACUGUCGACAACACUUCGUUGGGUGUCAGCGGACUGGACGAGAACUUCACCAUGUACGAGGGUCAGCAGAUUGCCCAGUGGUUGGACACGACGUUUGAGAACAGAAAUGAUGAUGCUGCUGCUGCUGCCGAUGCUCCAGCACAACAAGAGGGUGCUGGAGAAUCCAUGGAGGUUGACUCAUAA